UGCAGCAGUCGGUGGCUCUGGAAGUUUCUGACGGGGACCGGGGAACACGCCUUAAUCUAAGUCCAUCCGAGGCCGAACCGCUCGGUUUCAGCCACGGGCCCUCAUCCAUUGCUCCCUAAAAUCCUCCAUUAACAUUUACCAUCGUAUAUAAAAAGCAAAUGCCCGCAGCCAUGGCGGUACCGAAAACGUCAAGCGGAGGCAACAACAAAGGAGGGGCGUAUGUGGACCGCGACAAGCCGGCCCAGAUCCGCUACAGCAACAUUUCUGCUGCCAAAGCUGUUGCAGACGCCAUCAGAACAAGUCUGGGACCUAAAGGAAUGGACAAGAUGAUCCAGGAUGAGAAAGGUGACGUGACCAUCACCAAUGAUGGAGCCACCAUCCUAAAGCAGAUGCAGGUGCUGCACCCUGCUGCCAAAAUGCUGGUGGAACUGUCCAAAGCCCAGGACAUCGAAGCUGGUGACGGCACCACCUCUGUGGUGGUGAUUGCUGGAGCGCUGCUGGAUGCCUGUUCCAAACUGUUGCAGAAAGGUAUCCACCCCACCAUCAUUUCUGAGUCGUUCCAGAAGGCCGUGGAUAAGGGCGUGGAGGUGCUUACUGCCAUGAGCCGUCCAAUGGAGCUGAGCGACCGUGAGACGCUCCUCAACAGCGCCACCACGUCGCUAUGCUCCAAGGUGGUAUCACAGUACUCCAGCCUGCUGGCCCCCAUGAGCGUGGAUGCAGUCAUGCGAGUCAUCGACCCGGCCACUGCCACCAGUGUGGACCUGCAGGACAUUAAGAUCAUCAAGAAGCUUGGAGGGACCAUUGAUGACUGUGAGCUGGUGGACGGGCUGGUCCUCACUCAGAGGGUGGCCAACACUGGUGUGACCCGGGUGGAGAAGGCUAAAAUUGGUCUUAUCCAGUUCUGUCUGUCCCCUCCCAAAACGGAUAUGGACAACCAGAUCGUGGUUUCAGACUACGCUCAGAUGGACCGUGUGCUGCGGGAGGAGCGGGCUUACAUCCUUAAUUUGGUGAAACAGAUCAAGAAAGCCGGCUGCAAUGUGCUACUCAUCCAGAAGUCCAUCCUCAGAGAUGCCCUGAGUGACCUCGCUCUGCACUUCCUCAACAAAAUGAAGAUCAUGGUGGUGAAGGAAAUUGAAAGGGAGGAGAUUGAGUUCAUUUGCAAGACUAUUGGCACAAAGCCCAUCGCCCACAUUGACCACUUCAUUGCAGAAAUGCUUGGCACAGCGGAGCUUGCUGAGGAGGUCAGCCUUGACGGCUCUGGGAAACUGGUCAAGAUCACAGGCUGCAGCAGUCCAGGGAAGACUGUAUGCAUUGUGGUUCGGGGAUCCAACAAGCUUGUGAUUGAGGAGGCUGAACGCUCUAUCCAUGAUGCACUGUGCGUGAUUCGCUGCCUGGUCAAGAAGAGGGCUCUGAUAGCUGGAGGUGGUGCUCCAGAGAUUGAGCUGGCGGUGCGUCUGGCAGAGUACUCGCGCUCCCUGGGUGGCAUGGAGGCCUACUGUGUGCGUGCAUAUGCUGACGCCCUGGAGGUAAUCCCCUCAACGCUUGCUGAGAACGCAGGCCUCAAUCCCAUCUCCACGGUGACGGAGCUCCGCAACAGACAUGCACACGGAGACAAGAUGGCAGGCAUCAACGUCCGCAAGGGGGGAAUCUCCAACAUCCUGGAGGAACUGGUGGUGCAGCCUCUGCUGGUUUCUAUCAGUGCUCUAACUCUGGCCACAGAAACAGUCCGCAGUAUCCUCAAGAUUGAUGAUGUGGUGAAUACCCGAUAGGUCUGUCCAGUGAUAUAUCCUGAAGUCGGGUAGUUCUGUGAGGGAUCAGAAGACCUUUGACAUCUGUCUGCUUAGAUUUCCACUAUAGUUGUUACUUUGCCUAAUUUAAAUAAAAAGGCUUGUUUUUGUUGA